AAAGACCCCGCUACAGAACAUCUGAUUUUGAUUGAAUUGAGGAGUGACUGUCAGUGAGUUGUCAGUGGUUGUCAUCCCUUUCGAAAGUUGAAGGCUGACACGCAGAGAGCGUUCGCCUGUUCACUCGGGAUAUUUCCUAAUUUUUGAUAGAAUGUCGAGGAAUCGCAGCAACGAGGAGACUGACAAGCAGACUCGGAUUGCUAUCGUCAGCGACGACAAAUGCAAGCCGAAGCGAUGCCGCCAGGAGUGCAAGAAGUCCUGCCCCGUCGUCCGGAUGGGAAAACUCUGCAUUGAAGUCACCCCCAACUCGAAGAUCGCGUCGUUGUCCGAGGAACUGUGCAUUGGGUGCGGUAUCUGUGUGAAGAAAUGUCCCUUCGAUGCUAUUACCAUCAUCAACAUCCCCAGCAACUUGGAUAAACACACGACGCACCGUUACUCAAAGAAUUCAUUCAAGUUGCAUCGACUACCCAUUCCGCGUCCCGGAGAAGUGCUUGGACUUGUAGGCCAAAACGGUAUUGGCAAAUCGACCGCGUUGAAAAUCUUAGCUGGCAAGCAGAAACCGAAUUUGGGGCGUUACAUUGACCCACCGGAUUGGACGGAAAUCCUCGCCUACUUCAGAGGUUCCGAACUGCAAAACUACUUCACGAAAAUCCUAGAGGAUCACUUGAGGGCGCUCAUUAAACCCCAGUAUGUGGAUCAAAUUCCAAGAGCUGUUAAAGGCUCUGUUGGUGCCUUACUGGACAAGCGAGAUGAACGAAAAAACCAGGAAGAAAUCUGUGAAAUGCUGGAUUUGAAGCAUAUACGCGACAGAGAGGUGGGCGCAUUGUCUGGUGGAGAAUUACAGCGCUUCGCGUGUGCUAUGGUGUGCAUUCAAAACGGCGACAUAUUCAUGUUUGACGAGCCUUCGUCUUAUUUGGAUGUCAAACAGCGAUUGAACGCUGCCUUGACUAUUCGGCAUUUAAUUCAUCCUGAUAAGUUCAUUAUCGUAGUCGAGCACGAUCUGUCGGUUCUGGAUUAUCUUUCUGAUUUUAUUUGUUGUUUGUACGGUCUUCCUGGUUGCUACGGUGUUGUUACUAUGCCCUUCUCUGUUCGAGAAGGUAUCAACAUUUUCCUAGACGGUUUCGUGCCAACUGAAAACAUGAGAUUCCGUACAGAAUCUUUAACAUUCAAGGUCUCGGAAUCUGCCACUGAAGAAGAAAUCAAACGAAUGAAUCACUACGUUUAUCCGAAAAUGUCGAAAACAUUAGGUUCAUUCCAGCUCACCGUUGAAGAAGGACAUUUCAGUGAUUCUGAAAUUUUGGUACUGCUCGGAGAGAACGGAACCGGAAAGACAACGUUCAUUAGAAUGUUAGCCGGUAAUCUGGAGCCCGACGCGGGAUCCGGUGACCUCCCGAUGUUGCACAUUUCGUACAAACCACAGAAGAUUUCACCAAAAACCCAAGGAAAUGUUAGGCAUUUAUUACACGAAAAGAUUCGUGACGCUUAUGUACAUCCGCAGUUUAUUGCUGAUGUGAUGAAACCAAUGAAGAUUGAGGAAAUUAUGGACCAAGAAGUGCAAAAUCUGUCCGGAGGAGAAUUGCAAAGAGUUGCUUUGGUGCUCUGUUUGGGCAAACCCGCCGACGUGUACUUGAUUGACGAGCCUUCAGCCUACUUGGAUUCUGAACAGCGUCUUGUUGCCGCUAAAGUUAUCAAACGGUACAUUUUACAUGCAAAGAAAACCGGGUUCGUUGUAGAGCACGAUUUCAUCAUGGCUACUUACUUGGCUGAUCGUGUUAUUGUCCUGGAGGGAAAGCCGUCUGUUAAGACCACUGCACAUACUCCCCAAUCGCUUCUUAACGGAAUGAACCGUUUCCUUGAGCUACUGGGCAUCACUUUCCGACGAGAUCCUAAUAAUUUCCGGCCACGAAUCAAUAAGAAUUCAUCCGUGAAGGAUAUUGAACAAAAGCGAGCUGGGCAAUAUUUCUUCUUGGAAGAUGAAAGCUAAAUGGCUUCUCGCAAUGUCCUGCGUGCACGUGUGUGUCGAGUUGCAAUAGAAGGGGAACGGAAAGGGAAAACUAAUUUACGCGCAAAGAUUUAUAAGCAGGUUCGUGUUCAACCCAUCGGGUCCGAGGAUAACGGCUAUAUCGACUUUUAUAUAAGUGUAAUAAUGAUAUUUUAUUUGAACUCUGUGUCCAAAAAUAUUUCUAUUCUACCCAAGACAAGACUAUUGCCGACCAAUAAAACAUCUAUUGUGCAUGUCAGUAUGUAUACACGCAUGGAUUACUAGUGAAGUUGAAGAGGGAUCUUGGAUUAUGAUAAUUUAUUUCCACUUUUGGCUAUAAUGGAAAAUUUGCAGUUUUUUUGGUCGAAAAUCAAAACGUCAAACUUUUUUUCUCGACAUUUCUCUGGUCUUUGCAGAAUUAGGUGAAAUUUGUAAUGCAAAACGUAAAUUAGUUCCAUUUAGCUAAAUAUUUGAUUUUUUAUCUGAUGUAAUUGUUAAUUUUUGUAAUAAAUUCAAAAAUAUGCGUACUGA